CACACACGCCCACCCCCCGCCUGGUGUAUGUGUGUUGCACGGAGAGAGAGAGAGGGAAAGAGAGAGUGUGUGCGAGUGUGUGUGUGUGUGUGUGUGCUGCGCGCACACACCAGCCUGCCCGCGCACGCCCGCCGUGCUCCCCCUUACGCACGCCUGGCCGGGGGCUGCCAGCCAGCGCCCCUCCACCCUUUGCGCGCCCAGCUGUUUCUAUAGGAACCGCAACAGCGCCGGGGCCCUCCGGCGGAGGCCGGGUGCGAGCAUGCCCAGUGGAAGGCGCUAGUUUGGCUCGGGUCUAGGUUUCCAGUAAGUGGCCUCCGGGACUCCGGAGAGAUCCCAAUGAGCUGAGCGGAGAGUCUUUGUGUGCGGAGGGAGGAGGCGGUGGCCGCUGCCUGGCCUGGAGACCCCGCCCGGGGAGCCCCCCGCAGGAACAAUGCUAGCCUGCCUGACCCGGGGGAACUUACUGGACGUCCUGCAGGAGGGCUUCAAUGAGGUAAAUAUGGAACAAGAAGACCAGUUUUACAAGAAUGAAGAUGGAAGAGAUUGGUUUAACCGCAGAAUGUGUUAAAAAUUAUGUAGGCGUUUUGGUUGACAGUACUGUGUGAGUCAACAAGCAACAGCUGCAGGCUUAUGUGGCCUGGGUGAAUGCACAGCUCAAGAAGAGGCCAGCAGUGAAGCCGGUGCAGGACCUGCGACAGGAUCUUCGGGAUGGGGUGAUCCUGGCGUAUCUCAUCGAAAUCGUUGCAGGAGAAAAACUGAAGGGGGUACAGCUGGCUCCCAGUAACCAACAGGAGAUGAAGAAUAAUGUGGAGAAAGUGCUCCAGUUUGUGGCCUCCAAAAAGAUUCGCAUGCACCAGACUUCGGCUAAAGGACCUCUGGGUCUGUUCUGUCCCUCAGAUAUUGUGGAAGGAAACCUGAAGUCUAUCAUGAGGCUGGUCCUUGCCUUGGCAGCUCAUUUCAAACCUGGCUCCAACAGGACGGUGAGCCAAGGAAGGGACCCCAGAGCCUCUCUGCAGAGUCACCAGCCACACUGUGCCACUGCUGUGGCCCAGGGAGCAGCAGCCGCUCUGGCUGACGUAUGUCAUGACAUGUCACGGUCAGGACGGGAUGUCUUUCGAUACAGACAGAGGAACAGCAGCGUGGACGAGGAGAUCGAGAAUCCGUAUUGGAGCGUGCGGGCCCUAGUGCAGCAGUACGAAGGGCAGCAGAGGUCCCCGUCCGAGUCCAGCUGCUCCAGCCUGACUUCACCCAGUCCUAUCCACAGUGCAAAGAGCGAAUCCAUUAUAACUCAGUCGGAGGAGAAGGCAGAUUUUGUGAUGAUUCCUGCUGAAGGAAUAGAGAACAGAACAGAGGAAACAGACUCUCCGCUUUCCCGAGACUGGCGCCCGGGCAGCCCCGGAACCUACCUGGAGACCUCAUGGGAAGAACAGCUGUUGGAACAACAAGAACAUUUGGAAAAAGAAAUGGAGGAAGCAAAGAAAAUGAUAUCAGGAUUACAGGCCUUACUGCUCAAUGGAUCCUUACCCGAAGAUGAACAGGAGAGGCCCCUGGCCCUCCUUCAACCAGGAGUCAAUCCUGAGGAACAGCUGAUUAUAAUCCAGAGUCGUCUGGAUCAGAGUAUGGAGGAGAAUCAGGACCUAAAGAAGGAGCUGCUGAAAUGUAAACAAGAAGCCAGAAACUUACAGGGGAUAAAGGACGCCUUGCAGCAGAGGUUGACCCAACAGGACACCUCUGUUCUUCAGCUCAAACAAGAACUGCUGAGGGCGAAUAUGGACAGAGAUGAGCUGCACAACCAGAAUGUGGACCUGCAGAGGAAGCUAGAGGAGCGGAACAGGCUCUUGGGAGAGUAUAAAAAAGAGCUGGGGCAGAAGGAGCGCCUCCUGCAGCAGCACCAGGCCAAGCUGGAAGAAGCCCUCCGGAAGCUCUCCGAGGCCAGUUACCAGCAGGUGGACCUAGAGCGGGAGCUGGAACAGAAAGACGUCCUUUUGGCUCACUGUAUGAAAAGAGAGGCAGAUGAGGUGACCAGCUACAACAGUCACAACUCUCAGAGCAAUGGUUUUCUCCUUCCAGUGGCAGGAAAAGGAGCUGCUUCCGUCACUCACAAAGGGACCAGCGACCUGCAGCUCGUUCGCGACGCGCUCCGCAGCCUGCGCGGCAGCUUCAGCGGCCACGACCCUCAGCACCACACCAUCGACAGCCUGGAGCAGGGCCUCUCCAGCCUGAUGGAGCGCUUGCACGCCAUGGAGACCCAGAAGAAGCCGGACAGAAGGGUUCGGGGCAAGUCACCCAGAACUCAAGCAGGUAGUGAAUACCGGGAGUCCUGGCCCCCUAAUUCAAGGUUGCCUCACUCACAGAGCUCCCCGGCUGUCAGCAGCACCUGCACGAAAGUGCUCUAUUUCACUGACCGGUCACUCACACCCUUCAUGGUCAACAUACCAAAGAGGUUGGGGGAGGUGACACUGAAGGAUUUUAAAGCAGCUAUUGACCGGGAGGGAAAUCACCGGUACCACUUCAAAGCGCUGGAUCCUGAGUUUGGCACUGUCAAAGAGGAGGUUUUUCACGAUGAUGAUGCCAUCCCUGGGUGGGAAGGGAAAAUUGUAGCCUGGGUGGAAGAAGACCAUGGAGAGAAUUAAUGCUGAGUAUUGAACUGGGGGCUCAUGGAAUUUGGCACCCCCUGGCUGUUUCACUCAGGAAAGAGGACUAAAACCAGAAUACACAAAGAAGUUUCUAGUUUGUGCUGCCAAAAAAGAAGCUUCUCCAAGUGUGACAGCCCUGGGCCAGUACUGUUUCUGUGCCUGGCUUAUGUGGUACUUAAAAUCCCUGUCCACCUGUAGACCAUGGGUUCAUCUGGAGUUCCUUGUCCGU